AUGAGCGGGAUUAAGAAGGAGACAAUCGAACCCAAUGAGAUUCCCCAACGGGAGGCUAAAAGUAGCUCACCUAGUACACCUUCUGAAAUGUCACCUCUUUUCUUGAACAAGAACACACAGAAGGCUAUGCAAUCGAUUGCCCCAAUAUUAGAGGGGUUCAGUCCCAAGACAUCAGCUAGUGAAAACAUGUCUUUGAAAUUACCACCCCCUGGAAUUCAAGAUAAUAAUAGCGAAGAGAACCUCACUGUGCAUGAUGCACUACAAAGGACCAUAACUACUGAAUUAGGAAAUGGAAACAAUGUUAAUAUAAUUACGACCUCUUGCUUACAGAAAGUGGAUAGCGACCCAAAGUCAGAAACUGAUCCUGAAGGGCUCCCCAGCAAUUCGAGCAUUGCGAAUGAAGCAGGUAAUAGCGACUGCACCUCCAAAACUGGAUCACCUAAUGUACCACAAGGGUCAAAGGAUGUUGAGCAGAUCAAUGUUGGAAAUUGUUCGGUACCUCCUUCAUCUGCUUCCUCCCGCAAGUCUUCAACAAGUCAUCCUAAACCUAGGCUACCGAAGAUAGGGAAAAUUGGAGUAUGUGCAAUGGAUGCAAAAGUUCUUUCGAAGCCAAUGAGACAUAUUUUGAAUCGUCUAAUAGAGCAUGGGGAAUUUGAAACUGUUAUUUUUGGAGAUAAAGUCAUUCUUGAUGAAAGAAUCGAAAAUUGGCCAACAUGUGACUUUUUGAUAUCUUUCUUCUCAUCAGGAUUCCCCUUAGAUAAGGCAAUUAAGUACGUCAAGUUACGCAAGCCUUUUAUUAUUAAUGACCUAAUAAUGCAGAAGAUAUUAUGGGAUAGAAGAUUGUGCUUACAAGUAUUAGAAGCCUAUAAUGUUCCAACACCUCCAAGAUUAGAAAUCAGUAGGGACGGUGGUCCUCGAGCCAACGAAGAAUUGAGAGCAAAAUUGCGUGAACAUGGCGUAGAAGUGAAACCUGUAGAGGAACCCGAGUGGAAAAUGGUAGAUGAUGACACGUUAGAAGUUAAUGGAAGAACGAUGACUAAACCCUUUGUUGAGAAGCCCGUUGAUGGUGAAGACCACAACAUUUACAUCUAUUAUCACUCUAAGAACGGCGGAGGAGGUCGUCGUUUAUUUCGUAAAGUCGGCAAUAAGUCUUCGGAAUUUGAUCCUACCUUGGUUCAUCCUCGUACCGAAGGGUCUUACAUUUAUGAAGAAUUUAUGGAUACUGAUAAUUUUGAAGAUGUUAAGGCCUAUACUAUUGGUGAGAAUUUUUGCCAUGCGGAAACUAGAAAAUCUCCCGUAGUUGAUGGUAUAGUUAGAAGAAACACGCACGGUAAAGAAGUUAGAUAUAUUACUGAGCUAUCGGACGAAGAGAAAACUAUUGCAGGAAAAGUGUCUAAAGCAUUUUCCCAAAUGAUAUGCGGUUUUGAUCUACUACGUGUUUCCGGCAAAAGUUACGUCAUUGAUGUUAACGGAUUUUCCUUUGUAAAAGAUAACAAAGCUUAUUAUGAUUCAUGUGCCAAUAUAUUAAGAAAUACUUUCAUUGAGGCAAAGAAGAAAAUGGAUAUGGAAAAGAAGAAUUUGCCUAUUAUUCGCGAGGAAAAGGAACAAAAAUGGGUGUUUAAGGGACUGGUUAUCAUUAUCCGCCAUGCUGACAGAACGCCAAAGCAAAAAUUCAAACAUUCGUUCACUUCGCCUAUUUUUAUCUCGUUACUAAAAGGCCACAAGGAAGAAGUUGUAAUUAGAAACGUAAACGAUCUAAAGAUUGUUCUGCAAGCCUUAAGAAUUGCAUUAGACGAAAAAGCGGGAAAUCCGGCUAAAAUCAAAGUUUUAGCAAAUGCUUUAGAAAAGAAGUUAAAUUUUCCAGGAACUAAAAUCCAGUUGAAACCAGUUUUAAAUAAAGAAAACGAGGUGGAGAAGGUUCAGUUUAUCUUAAAAUGGGGCGGUGAGCCCACUCAUUCUGCCAAAUAUCAGGCUACUGAACUCGGAGAGCAAAUGAGACAAGACUUCGACCUGCUAAACAAGAGUAUUCUACAAAACAUCAAGAUAUUCUCAUCAUCUGAAAGACGUGUCCUUCAUACAGCUCAGUACUGGACUAGAGCCCUUUUUGGAGCAGAUGAAUUAGGCAGUGAUGAAAUCAGUAUUAGAAAGGAUCUUUUAGAUGAUAGUAAUGCCGCCAAAGAUUUGAUGGACAAAGUGAAAAAGAAAUUGAAGCCACUAUUAAGAGAGGGUAAAGAAGCUCCUCCUCAAUUUGCUUGGCCUUCAAAGAUGCCAGAACCUUAUUUGGUCAUAAAGCGAGUAGUUGAAUUAAUGAACUACCAUAAGAAAAUAAUGGAUAAUAAUUUUGCUAAAAAAGAUGUCGACUCGAUGCAAACAAGAUGGUGUACUUCCGAAGAUCCUAGUUUGUUCAAGGAAAGGUGGGAUAAACUUUUUAAAGAAUUCAAUAACGUCGAAAAAGUCGAUCCGUCUAAAAUUUCUGAACUGUAUGAUACUAUGAAAUAUGAUGCCCUUCAUAAUAGGCAGUUUUUGGAGAACAUAUUUGAUCCCGGACAUCCAAAUGAAGCUAUGGCCGAUGAGUUAGGGAGUCACUCUCUGGUUGACCGUUACCCAAUUAAUAUCCUCGCCAAGAACAAUUUUAAGAUAAUAGAUAGUCAUAGUAUGAGCAGUUCUAGUAAGAACAGCAGUAAUAGCGUCGGGUCGUUAGGCUGGGUUUUAGAAAGUGGCAAAUCUUCUACGGCGAGAAACCCCAAAUCUUCAUCCCAGUUCGAUGAACCACGUUUUAUGCAGUUACGGGAACUGUAUAAGUUGGCCAAGGUGUUGUUUGAUUUUAUUUGCCCCAAAGAAUAUGGAAUUUCAGAUUCAGAGAAACUUGAUAUUGGUUUAUUAACUUCAUUGCCUUUGGCCAAACAAAUAUUAAAUGACAUAGGAGAUAUGAAAAAUAGAGAAACUCCAGCUUGUGUCGCAUACUUCACUAAGGAAUCUCAUAUCUAUACUUUACUAAACAUCAUAUAUGAGUCUGGGAUUCCAAUGAGGAUCGCUAGAAACGCCUUACCAGAACUCGAUUAUUUGUCACAGAUUACAUUUGAGCUGUAUGAAAGUACGGACGCUUCUGGCCAGAAAUCACAUUCCAUCAGACUGAAAAUGUCCCCUGGGUGUCAUACUCAAGAUCCAUUGGACGUUCAGUUAGAUGACAGGCAUUAUAUCAGUUGUAUCCCCAAGAUUUCAUUGACGAAGCACUUAGAUAUGGACUACGUUCAACAAAAGUUAAGAAACAAAUUUACCAGAGUCAUUAUGCCUCCAAAAUUUACACCUGUAAACAUUACGAGUCCUAAUUUGAGUUUCCAGAAACGCAAAACCAGAAGAAAGUCUACAUCCGUUGAUAAGUGUAAACUUCCUCCUGCGUCCUCAGAUUCUUCAUCCUCUACUUCGAUCAAUAAGACAGUAGAAUAG